AUGCGACUCCUGACCGUCCUCCAGCUUACCCUCCCUUGGAUCUGGCUUUCGGAAGCCGGAGCGAUCGAGAAGCGUCGACAAGAACGCCAUGCCGGCAGUGUGGCUCUUCCUCUCAGCCAGAAAGGGCUGAUAACCGACACAAGAGAGGGGAAUGCUACCGGAACAUGGAGGUUGGAUCUCCCGACAGUCCUUCGCGACAUGUUGGACGCGCUAGAAGUGAUGCAAGACACAUAUUUUGACAUCUUUACCGGGACGUGGCCUGAUGCCAUUGAUUGGACUGCGGCUGUCAUCGGUACUCAUGUCUCGGCCACUCUGGCGAGCAUCGUUUCCUCACUCGAUGCCUCCUCCGCGUCGACCUGCUCCGAGAUGCUGUCAUGGCAGAAUAUCAUCGAUCGGUAUUAUGCCCACACGUCUGCCUUUUAUUUUGGCGAAAAUGCAUUCUCGUUGCGAAACCAAGCCUAUGAUGACAUGCUUUGGGUGGUUCUCGGCUGGCUCGAGAACCUGAAAUUUGCCGAAAUGUACUCCUUGAAGCAUUGGGACUUCCUCGAGUCUGGAAGACAACACACUUCGGGAGACGGGUGGCACGGGCUGCAAAUCAUCCCCAUGGCCGCACACCGCGCGCGCAUCUUCUACGACUUGGCCUCUGUUGGCUGGGACGAAUCUCUCUGCGGCGGAGGCAUGAACUGGAAUCCUUACCUGACGCCCUACAAAAACGCAAUCACAAACGAACUGUUUGCAGCUGCCAGCAUUGGCAUGUAUCUCUAUUUUCCCGGGGACAACAGCACCUCGCCAUAUAUGACGCAAGGUAUGCAGGGUUCCGUCAAACCCCACGAUCCAGUGUUUCUGGAGAAUGCCGUCAAAAGCUACAAGUGGUUCAUGGAGAGCCACAUGCGAGACUGGAGGUCAGGACUCUACCAGGAUGGGUUCCACAUCACCGGCUGGCGGCGAUACCCUAACGGGACUAUCAACCCGGGCACCGGAAACUGUGAUGAGCUCAAUCCCAUGGUAUUUACAUAUAACCAAGGCGUCAUCCUGUCUGCGAGCCGUGGCCUCUGGCUGGCUACAGGUGCCAAAAGCUAUCUUGAUGACGGCCAUGACCUGGUGCAGGCUGUCAUGCGCGCCACUGGCUGGCCUGAUUCAGACGCUUCGUGGAGAGGGUUGGGACGAGGCGGAGUCAUGGAGGAAUUCUGCGACCACCACGGCUAUUGCAGCCAAAAUGGCCAGACCUUCAAAGGCAUCUUCUUCCAUCACUUCUCGGAAUUCUGUAAGCCCCUGUGGCCGCAAGAGCAAGCAUUCCUGGCCACGGAUGGAAGAGCAGGCUUGGACCGAGAUGUCUACCAGGACCACCUCUCGCGCUGCUCUGCGUACGACAAGUGGGUGGCCCAUAACGCGGCAGCAGCGGUGGCCACGAAGGAUUCCAAUGGCCGCUUCGGAAUGUGGUGGACAUUUGGCGACUUGGACAACAAGACGAUGACCGAGGUACGGGAGACGACUGUUCUCCCGGCCGGUGCUGAUGACUAUGUCAACCCUAGACCCGACGAUUGGCCUGGUCAACCGAUCACCCCCGACGACUGCAAUGAUCGAGGACGCGGGCGAACCGUGGAGACCCAAAGUGGAGGGUUAGCAGUGUUACGGGCGCUGUGGAACUGGGAAGUCCAUUUGAGGCCGAUAUCUGCUGACAAUGGCAAUGUCUGA